AUGAGCGCCCAAGACCUAGUAUAUGUGGGAAAGCUCCCUCUCCCGGGUCCGCCGGGUCCGCGUCAGCUUCUGGUCAAAGUUCACUAUGCGUCUUUGAAUCCGGCUGAUUAUCAACAGCGAAAUGGAGAAACUAAGCAUCUGCUUAAGCAUAAGUUCCCGAAGGUAUUCGGAUUUGAUUUUUCUGGAGAUGUUAUGGAGAUUGGCAACGAAGUUAAAGACUUCAAAAUCGGCGAGGAAGUUUUUGGUAUGGUUGCUGGUGUUAGAACAGGAAGUGCUGCUGAAUAUGUUAUAGUAGAUGAUUAUGUAUGUGCAUUGAAACCAGCGGACAUUCCUCAUCACUUGGCUGCAGCGGUGCCUUUGGUCGGAAUUACGGCGGAAAAGGCGUUGAAGAAAUGCAAAAUUAGUGACAUGCAUCGGGUAUUGGUUACAGGAGGGUCUGGUGGAGUAGGGUCUAUAGCCGUACAAUUGUGCAAGGCGGAGUUCGGCAUUGAAUGGGUGGCGACGACUAGCAGUGAGGAGAGUCGAGGAUUAGUGGAAAGCUUUGGAGCAGAUGAGGUAUUUGAUUACAAGUGCAACAAUAGGCGUUGGGCUGAGCAAUUCGACUAUGGCACGUGGCGGCAUGUUUAUGACGUGGUAUUUGAUACUCAAGGAGAUUCCAAGCAGGCUGUGCUUUUACUGGGAGAUAGUACGGAUGGGCAGGGCCCACCGGAUGGUGGAGGGAUGGUAUCAAUUGUGGACGGCCCGAGCGCAGAGGCAGCAUUGGAGUGGUUGAGUGAAUCACACAGUGAGCCAAAGCAUUCGUAUAUAAAAUCGUUUUUGGAGAACUUCCCGUGGGUUUGGGAUACGGCGACUGGAGUGCGGUCGUUGCGGAAAAAGGCGAAGGGGAAGUACUGGACUGUGAUUGGGACGGGUGAUGGUGACGCGUGCCGAAGAUUUGCAACGAUGUUGGAGUCGAAAAGCAUCAUCCCGCAUAUUGAUGGCGUAUAUCCUUUGAGUAAAGCGAGAGAUGCUCUUGCGAGAGUUGAGAGUGGACGGAGCAAGGGGAAGGUUCUGAUUGAAGUAAUCGCGGAUCCCAAGGCCACAUUCGUGGAGACUGACGACUCUAUGGAGGCAGUUGAGGGCUCGAGUGAGCCCCUUCCGAGCUCUCCAGCAGAGGAGGGGGUGGAGGAGGCUAAAGAAGGGGCUUUGGAGGCUGAGAAGGCUGUGGCGGAGUCCCAGGUGGAAGGGGCAGGACUGAGGUCUUACUGUGAUUAUUGUUAUUUCGAUGGCGCUCUAGGUAAGAGCGGUGGAUCUGAGAGUUGCGCUGAUGGCCAUAUUAACAACAAAUAG